AAUAUUUUUGGGAAGAGGGCGUAGAGUAAAUGCCUAUUCUUGGUCACAGUCGAUGCACACUUGUAGACAGGUUAACAGCCAACAGUGACAUUUGUCAAAGAUGGAUGUAUUGUGCAGAUGGAAUGUACCCGUAUAAGGAAAAGGAAGGAGGCUGCUGCUGCUUGAGUCCGAAAGACUGAUCCUGAUGGAUUUGCUGUGACAGAUCCGGGUUAGCCGCCAGGGGAACAGUUUUCUUCACGGUAUCUCUCAGUGAGACACACACACACAACACGCGCGCGCGCAGUCAUGGGCGCGCGCAGACAUACACACAUACACGCAAGCUUAAGCUCAAAUUCGCGAGGAGAAUGCGAGUGAAGCGGAAUCGGGGAGCAAUUCUGAGCAGCUCUUCUGUUGUAUUUCCGAGAUCCACUCGGUCGCCUGAGCGCACAUGAUCAUAAACAAGUUCGCAGACUGGCUUCGCGCCGUGCCGCACCCUCGCGGUGGAACUUCAAUUCCAAAUUCCAGGCUACUUCAAAAUGCACAAAAUUCAUGACAGGCCACCCAGUGUGCUUCACCUGCGCUUUAAAGGUACGUGAAAACACCUACAAAAAUGUCAACAACGAAAGGAACUACUUGUAAAGGAUGUCUGUAAUGUUAUUGGGAGUAUAAUUAGGGCGCUGUAUCCGUGGUUGACCACCGAAGCGGCUAACUACACCGUUUAGUGCUCUUGAUUUUCUUUUGCAAAGAUCGGAGUGCAGCAAUGCCAGGCUGAAGGUACAAAACAACAGGACCACAUCCUUGCGCGCUUGGAACAGGAUUUUCUGCACAAAAUCUCUUAAUGCUCUUAAGUACUUGGCGCUACACUAGCCUGCUUUCUAUGGGAGGGCAAUCUCGGAUUUCAGUGCAACUUUAAACGAACUGUUGCUUUCACCAUGCUGCCCUCGCUCUUUCUCGGGUUACUUUUGCCACUUCUGAGCCUGGAUGCAACAGACAAGCUGAGAACGGGUGUCACCCGGAGCGACUUGGAUGCGGACGUCGUGAUGACCGGCUGGAAUUUACUGAGCUCCCCGAAGCGGCACGCGGCACACGCGGAGAAGCAUAGUAGACGCGCCACAGGUGGUUCUGCAUAUGGAAACACAACGGCUUUUCUUCGAGAUGCCUCACAGAGAGGUGCAGCAGGGCGCGGGGCUCACGGCCCCCACAAGGCGCAGCAUCGAGGGGCAGACAAGUGGGGCUCCGCUGCCAUGGAAACGCGAGGAGGCGACGCGCUCUCUUGGAGACUGCGACUGGAAAGCCAAAGACUUAAGAGGGGCACCGGCAACCGCGGCAGUGACUUAAAAAGGGACAAAACCAGGACGAGAAAGCCUUCAAACAGUGCACUCGCCAUCAUAGGGCAUUUCAAUGGCUCGAUUGGGGUGCCCCCUACUUCUUGGGAAGUUGUGCCAAAACCUUUACCCCUUAACCAAUCCCUAGAGGUAACCAAUGAGCAUACUCGAAAUUACGGACUUCACACGCUUACCGAGGAGCUGGCACACGUUACCCCGCCCGUGCUGCCCCUUGAUCCAAAGGGAAGAAAAAGUGAUCUGAAGAACCCCUUUUAUCCGCUCACCGAAGAAUCGUACGGCGCUUAUGCCAUCAUGUGUCUUUCCGUGAUUAUCUUUGUGGUGGGCAUCAUAGGAAACAUCGCGAUUAUGUGCAUAGUGUGCCACAACUACUACAUGCGGAGCAUUUCUAAUUCCCUUUUAGCCAACCUGGCCUUUUGGGAUUUCACCAACAUUUUCUUUUGCUUGCCACUUGUCAUUUUUCACGAACUUACCAAAAAAUGGCUUCUGGGGGAGCUUUCCUGCAAAAUAAUUCCAUAUGUUGAGGUUGCCUCCCUUGGAGUUACAACGUUCACAUUGUGUGCACUCUGCAUAGAUCGAUUUCGUGCAGCAACAAACGUGCAGAUGUACUAUGAAAUGAUAGAAAAUUGUACUUCAACCACUGCAAAACUGGCAGUUAUAUGGAUUGGGGCGCUACUUCUGGCUCUCCCUGAGGUUGUUCUUCGUCAACUUGUUAAAGAAGACCCCGAUCCAUCUGGUUCUAUUGCAGAGAGAUGUGUGGUCAAAAUUUCUCCUGACCUGCCUGAUACAAUUUAUGUCCUUGCACUGACUUACGAUGGAGCUAGACUGUGGUGGUACUUCGGGUGCUAUUUUUGUUUGCCGACUCUUUUCACCAUUGGCAGCUCCUUAAUCACUGCCCGAAAAAUCCGAAAAGCUGAAAAGGCCUGCCCAAGAGGAAACAAGAAGCAAAUUCAGCUGGAAAGUCAGAUGAACUGCACAGUGGUAGCCCUUACCAUUUUGUAUGGUUUUUGUAUCAUUCCUGAAAACAUCUGCAACAUUGUCACUGUCUACUUGUCCACAGGGGUGCCUAAGCAGACUAUGGAUCUUCUAUACCUUAUUAGUCAGUUUCUUUUGUUCUUCAAGUCAGGCGUGACCCCAGUUCUCCUUUUUUGCCUUUGUAAGCCAUUCAGCAGAGCCUUUGUGGAGUGCUGCUGCUGCUGCUGCGAUGAAUGCGUCAAAAAAUCUUCAACUGUGACGAGUGAUGACAAUGACAACGAGUAUACUACAGAACUUGAACUGUCUCCUUUCAGCACAAUAAGACGAGAAAUGUCUGUUUAUACCUCUGCAGGCACUCAUUGUUGAAUUGGUCACAGCUACUUUUUUUUUUCCAGUUACAAAAAAUAAAACUGAAGAGAAUUCACUUUUUAUGGAUCAGAUAUUCAAAUAAGUUACAAUGUGCUUUUUAAUGCAAAUAUUCCAUUUUUUGUACAAAUAAUUCUUUAUAGCUGCUUUAUGCAGAUAAAGUGGCAUUUGAAGAAAUAAAUAACCCCUUAAGUACACAUGCAGGCCUUGUGGAAGGGUAAGCUAUUGCCCAGCUUUAAGGCACUGCGACAUAUAUUUUGUUAAAGUAUCUGCUGGAAUAAACCCAUUUUAGGAGUUCAUGCUGGGGAAACACAUUCUGUAUUUAAGCAGGUCUCUGUAACAUGAACGUGUUUACUUCUCGAUAGUUGUCUUAUAACAUGCUAAUCAUAAUGUUACACCACAUGUUACUUGUGAAGUUUGUAUUUGUUACACUGGCAAAAACACACAAGAAAUCAAACAAAAAUAUUGCCUUAUGUAUUUAAUACUGUGUGCUGAAAGUAAUAUAUUGAAAAGUGACUGGCUGUACUGUAAUGAACAUGUUUUUGAUAAUGGUGAAGUACUUUUAAUUCCCCUUUUGUGAGCCUUUUUUUCCCAAUAAAUAUUUGGAAGUAACAUGCAAAUUCUUUUUAAUAGCAGUCAAAACAGAGCAGGGCACUUUCAGGGGAACAGUUCCAGUUUGGUAAGAUGUGUUGAGACUUGCUCUUGAGAUUCUUGUGAUUUUGGUUCUUUUUUUGUAAAGUCUUACUGUACAUUUGCUGAAUUGCUUAAAAGUGGGCCAGUUGUAUUUCUAUCACAAAAGUGUGUGGUUAUAGUAGCAGAUGGAAAUAAGUAAAUGGGUAAGUCAAGAACAGGACUUUUUAAUUUGAAAUAAAGUCAUCUGAAAAAUAA